AUGCUGCGCCUCCUCCUUACGGUCCUAUGUCUGGCGUCUUGUGGCCUGGCCGCCCCACGGCCGGUAAGGGUCAGGGCCAGAGGGAUCGGCCGGGUAAUCGGCGGCACCACCACCGACAUAUCCAGCUACCCGUGGAUGGUAUCCAUGCAGAUUAACGGCUACCACUCCUGUGGGGCCUCCAUCAUCAGCAACAACUGGGUGCUGACCGCCGGCCACUGCCUCUACGGCGCCAACAUCGCCACGUACAGCCUGAGGGCUGGUACCUCGACCCGCGAGAGCGGAGGCGUCGUGUCUGCCGUGUCGUACGGCGCACUGCACGGCUAUUACGACCCCAACUCGAAAGACUACGACAUCUCGGUGCUGCAGGCGGCCAGUCCUUUCCCCAUCGGUGGCAACAUACAGAUCGUGGGUCUCCCUGCCCAAGGCUACGACCCGCCAGGCGGGCUGGCAGUCACCAUCACCGGCUGGGGUCUCACAGCCACCACGAACCAGGCGCCACCGUUCACGCUGAUGAAGGCGGACAUCACCGUCAUCGACCGCGCCAGCUGCGUGGCCAGGUUUGGCGCCACAGACCGCAUGAUCUGCGCGGGGGAGGCCGGCAGGAGCACCUGCUACGGUGACUCUGGCAGUCCGCUCGUCAGUGGCGGCACUCAGGAUGUAAAGGUUGGCUACAGCGCACAUACACAAGCUCUGGAAUCUAAGAUAUUGCUGCCGCGGCUCGCAGCGCACGGGUUAACUAUUGGCAAUUUUGAAGCCAGUGUAGGGGCUCGCCUGCUGUGGUUCGCAAGUGUGUUGGGCGAGGGGUCGUCGCCGAGCGGCCGUACUGCCGUGUCAGCCAGCAGCGACACAUGA